AAGGUCAUUUCCUCAUCACUGCUCUUAGGAAAUAAUAGGAACCAGAUAUCAUGACAUGGGUUGCAGCAGCUUUAACUAACUUCUCUUCUUCAAAUCAACAAGGGAUGUUAAGUGAUCCCUGCAUCAUAUGAUUGUCAAUUUAUACAAAUGAGAGACAUCAUGGACUUCAUCUCAGUCUCAUUACUGAUCCUACUGCUACACACUCCAGUUUCAGGCUCUUUCAAAUUUCUUUCCUGGCAUGAGACUUGUCAGGAAUACAGUAUUUGUGCUUUAAAGCAGACCAAAGUGACACUGAGGUGCUCUUACUUAAAAACUAACAUCAAAACUGGGUUCUGGUUUAGCAAGAAACAGAGAACAAACUGGAGAAACAAAGAUGAACCUGAAGAUUUGACUUUAGAUUCAGAUUACUCAGGACGAGUGGAUCAAGAGAUCACUAAGUACAACUCAGAGCUCACAAUAUCAGAUGUGAUAGAGAGAGACAGUGGAGAAUAUCAGCUCAUGUUCAUUAUGAAGGAUGGAGUUAAACAUCUCAGCUCAGUCACAGUCAAUCUAACAGUCACAGUUCUGCAGGUGAAGAUACAUCAGGAAUCUACAAACAAAAAUGAGAAAUUACAACUUACUUGUGACACCUCCUGCACUUUAACCUCAAAACCUAAGGGUUUUAGCUGGAAAAAAGAUGGACAACAUACAAGUGAAUCUACAAGCAUUUUUGUGUCAUCUGGCGAAUAUGCUGCCUAUUCCUGUUCUCUUAGUACAGACUUUAAAAUCUCCUCUGCCCCUGUGUGUCUUUCUAACAGCUGUUGGGGUGUGACUUACACCUCUACAGAAGUUUGUGCUUUAGUGGAAUCAACAGUAGAUAUUCACUCUUCAUACUCACAUCCCACUGGAUAUACAGUAGAGGAAACAUACUGGCAUUUACCAUUCAAAAAAAAAGAAAUAAUUCAGGAUCUGCGUGAGGUUCAUCAGUUUGCUGGUCGUGUGGAGUAUAUGGACAACACACUGAGAAUCAAAGACGUCAACAUGAACGACUCAGGACAAUAUCUAUUCAGGAUCAACACUAACACAUCAAAAAAUAAAUUUUCUGGUUUACCUGGAGUCAUUCUUACUGUAACAGAUACACGGGUGACGAGCAACCUAGCCACUGUGAUAGAUGGAGAAAAAGUGAUAUUAAGCUGUUUAACCAGAUGUACUCUGGAUAACAAACAUACUUACAUCUGGUAUAAGAAUGGACAACAGGUAACAGAUGGAUUGACAUUAUUAAACAAGCUGUACCUGGACUCAAUCAACAGUGAGGAGCUACAAGAGUAUUCCUGUACUGUAAGAGUGCAAAUAGAUUCGGCAUUAGGUCAAUACACAGUCACUCUGUUGGUGUUUUUACCUCAGUUUCUCCUCAUAGCAGCUGUGUGGAUGUGGUUUUUUCUUAUUAAGAAAAGAUUCUGCUCAUCUAAAGAAGCAAACUGACAUAAAAUCAAAGAGAAUCAAGUGUGCAUCAUCUGUAUGAAGAUCAGCUGCUCUCAGUAUCACAACAGCUUCACUUCACAAUGUAAACAACAGGAAUCAUGACAUCAUAUAUUUCCAUAACAAAUUGCUAUUGGACCCUACUAAACAGUGAUUGGGGUGGCACAGUGGCUCAGUUGGAAGCACUGUUGCCUCACAGAAAGAAGGUCCCCGGUCCAAUCCUCGGCUAGGUCAGGUGACCUAUCGGUGUGGAGUUUGCAUGUUCUCCUUGUGUCAGCGUGGGUUUAUUCCAGGUACUUCCCACAGGACAAAAACAUGCAAGUUAGGUGAUUUAGAGAUGUUCCGUUGGGCGAGCUGGUGACGUUUUGUUCAUGAGUGAUUCUUAGGGUAAAGGUGUGAACCUUUCUUUAUUUUUAUGAUGAAGUUGUUUCAGUGAGGCUAUCAUGUUCAAAUCUGGGAUUUGUUUACAGCUGCCCUUUUUUGCCUGAUUGUAACCUUUCAUGUUUAUAUUGUCAUCUGAAGGCAUUGUUUCCAUUUGAAGGGACUGCUCCUUCAAAUGGCUCUAAAUGUAUGCAUGUAUACAGUAAGUCGAACUUGGUGACUUCAGCUUCCGGCUGUAUGCUCUGAUUUGAAGUUCGUUUUCUGCAAU